UCAUUCAUUAUGGAUGCGUUUUCCUCCCUGUAAAAACAUAUAAAAGAUUGUUGCACGAUUUUACGUGCAGUAUUAGCACAACCUAGGAACAAGAAACUUGAAACGAUGAAGACUAUUGUAGUUCUGGCAACAUUGGUGGCAGCAGCGAUGGCCAUUCCUGCUGACACCUACAACCCCGACUACGACCACUUCAAUGCUCAGGAGAUAGCAGAUAAUCCACGUCUGCUGCGCAACUUCGGCAAAUGCAUCAUCGAUGAUGGACCUUGUACCCGAGAAGGAACCGAUAUGAAAAAAGUGAUUCCCGAAGCGCUUGAAACCAAUUGUGUAAAAUGCACGCCCAAACAACGUGAACUGGUGCGCAUAAUUGUACGCGCUUUCCAGAAAGAAUUGCCCGAGCUAUGGUCAGAGAUUACGAAGAAGCACGACCCCAAUGGCCAGUACAAGGAAUCCUUGAAUGAGUUCCUCAAUGCCGACGACUAAUUCUUACCAAAGACCAUCAUAACACUUUCAAUGAGACCUUUCAAACACUGUGUGUAAGUUUUCAAGUUUGAUACCAAGAAACAACUCUAAAGUUACGGAAACAACGCACAAGUUGCGUAAGUUUACUUGAAAAGGACUUUGAAUAAAAUUACAUACUCUUCGUUAAUAAAACUUGCUGCAACUUUA